UCCGUCUUUUCUGGUAAACAUGGGACAAUACUGGGCAAUCGGAGCUCUUCUUUUGGGCUGCGUCCUAAUGGGCAAUGCCUGUAAAUAUACCUGUGUUCCCAAGGAACUGUGUGAAUACGAGGCUCCUGAUUUCGAAUACCGAAGAAAACGUGAUUGCCCCGAACACCAAAUUUGUUGUGGAGUUCCGCGAGGUAACAAACCAGAACAGCCAUCAGGACCACCCAGUUCGUACGGGUCAGGGUACCAGCAUCAACCAUCAUAUGAUCAAACAAUCCAAACUGGUGUUGGUUCAACUGGUCAAAAGCACCGUCCAGCCGUACCCGUAUCAGUUGCACCAAAUGGACCUAAUGAUAAUUUGUCGGGCGGAAACAAUUAUGACCAGACUAGAAGAUAUCCACAAGUGAACGGGGGCUAUCCUGAAGGUCAUUCUCAAGGCCAGUGGCCAGCAGGACAGCGGCCAGCAGGCAACGGUGGUUAUGGUGCAGCAACUCAGCCAAAAGGACAUGAUGAUCAACCAACAGGACCAGCUGGAAACAAUUUGAACCUUGGUAGAAAUGAUUUUUCCGGUGGCAACGGAAAUAAUUUUAAUCAGCCUGAUAGAAAUCCAGUGGUCAAUCCUGAAGGAACCACUCAAGGCCAACGACCAGCAGGACAGUGGCCAGCAGGUGGUUAUGGUGCAGCAACUCAACCAAAAGGACGUGAGGAUCAACCAACAGGUGGUUAUACAGGCGGCAAUGGAAACAGUUGGAACCAGCCUGAUAAAAACCCAGCAAUCUACGGUGGCCAUCAAGCAAAUGUGCCAGCAUCGGUCAAACCGGAAGGUACCACUCAAGGACAGUGGCCAGCAGGACAGCGUCCAUCAGGCAACGGUGGUUAUGGACAACCAAAAGGACGUGAGGAUCAACCCACAGGUGGUUAUACAGGCGGCAAUGGAAACAAUUGGAACCAGGCCGCCGGAAACCCACCAGUCAAUGGUGGUUAUCCAGCAAAUGUGCCAGGACAGUGGCCAGCAGGACAGCGUCCAGCAGGUGGCUAUGGUGCAGCAACUCUACCAAAAGGACGUGAGGAUCAACCAACAGGUGGCUAUACAGGCGGCAAUGGAAACAGUUGGAACCAGCCUGAUAAAAACCCAGCCGUCCACGGUGGCCAUCAAGCAAAUGUGCCAGCAUCGGUCAAACCAGAAGGUACCACUCAAGGACAGUGGCCAGCAGGUCAGCGUCCAGCAGGCAACGGUGGUUAUGGUGCAGGAAACCUACCAACCGGAACAGCCGGAAACAACUUAAACCCAGGAAGAAGGGAGCAACCAACCCAAGGCUACAAUGCAAACAAAGCGACUCCGGGGACAGAAGGAGCCAGACCGGGCCAAAAUCAACACUGCGGUAUGAGCAACGUAAAUGGAUUGGGUUUUAUCAAAGGAAUCACCGGGGAUCAAGCGAGACCUGGCCAAUAUCCCUGGGUUGUGGCUGUGUUUAGCAAUGGAAAAUACCUUUGUGGUGGAUCCCUGAUUAGUUCAGAUUAUGUCCUAACAGUGGCCCAUCCACUGGUUGUUAAGACCGAGACCGACCUUGUGGUCAGGGCUGGCGAAUGGAACAUGGACACCAACGAAGAGUCGUUUCAAAUUGAGAACCGCGAAGUAGAAAGGAUAAAGCGCCACGAAGGAUUUAAUUUUACUAGUGGUGCCAACAACUUGGCAAUUCUAAAACUAAAAACUCCGUUCCAGUUGAAGGAGCAUAUCAGAACUAUUUGUAUGCCCGUCCCGAAAAAAACGUUCGAACCGCGCCGUUGCAUUGUUGCUGGUUGGGGUAAGAUGAAGUACCAGUCUUCAGACUAUUCGGCGGUACUGAAGAAAGUGGAUUUACCCUUGGUGGACAGGCACACAUGUGAGCAACAGUUGAGGAAAACCAAAGUAGGUCAAGACUUUCAGCUGCCUGCCAGUAUGAUUUGCGCCGGAGGUGAGUUAAACCAAGAUGCCUGCACCGGAGAUGGCGGAUCUGCCCUGUUCUGCCCCAUCGGAGAGGAUGAUUCAGGUCUCUACGAGCAAGUUGGCAUCGUUAACUGGGGCAUUGAGUGCGGCCUGAAAGAUGUCCCGGCCACCUACACAGAUGUGGCCCAGUUCAAGCACUGGAUUGAGGAGCAGACGCUGCCUUUCCGAUACAGGAAAUCAGGGAGACCAUUAUAUUAGAUACUUUCAUGAUGGACAAAAUGCACCAAUAAAAGUUUAAUGCAGUAACAUGUUUUUGCCUGAAUUUACUUUUCUUUAAUAAAAAUCUUAAUAACUAA